ACGUGAAGAGAUAUCACCACAGUAGCCAGAUACUAAACGGUCAAUCGACGCCAUCAACUACCAGACAACAUGCAAGCUAAACUUUUAAUCGCUCUUUUCGUGGUCGUGGCCGUCUCAUCUUUUGCCGAUGCCGACAAAGGAGAAAAGGGUAAAGGCGGACCAGGCGGAGACAGAGGAAGGGCUCCCGUUCCCCCUGCACCCCCAGCCACCCCCAGACCAACGCCUCCAGCAGUCCGUAAACACGACAAAUCUGAGGAGAGGAACUCAAACGAGCUGAUCAGCUCAGAGGAACACGGCGACAAAGAUGGCGCUGAAUACACUUUUGGCAUUGAUCUUGGAAACGGUGUCGUUGCUGAGCAACAAGCGGAUGUCCCAACAAACGGCACCGUCAUCCUGGUCAAAUCCAACGACCCAGUUCUGGCAUCACUUAACAUCACCCGUGCCAGGUCCAUCUACAGUUUCUACAACAACUCACAGAUUGUUGCUGUUAUCGUCCGGGGCGCCUGUUUCGUCUCCAACACAGACUUCACCUACCAGAGCGCCAUUGACCAUCUGAACGCCAUCAAUAACACCAACCAGACCAUCACAAAGAAAGAGUCCUGGAACGCCACCAAGGUUCUGUCACGUGAUGAGGCCAAAGCCUACCUGGCCGCCAAUCCUGACGUCAGACGUGCCUGCAACAGACAGAGGAUCUCUCUCGUGGAACCAGCUGGUGCUGCUUCUGAAGGUGAGGUAUCCUUGACCUUCUACACCCUGGACACAGAGGUUACCGCCUUUGUCCUCCCUCCCCCACCCAAACCUACCCACCCCGCUGGUGGUAUCUUCGGUGGUCAUGAUGGACCCAAGGGUGGUCGUGAUGGACCCAAGGGUGGUCGUGGUGGACGCCAUUAACCUCACGGGCUGAGGGCUAAAGACAGAAACACUUACAUUUAUUGACUAAUGUGAUAUACCGGUUUCAAGGAAGAAUGGUUUACAAUUUGUAUUCGAAAUUUUUAUAUAUUUUAGAUAAAAAAAGUAAAUCUAUGUUUUGCUUUAAUAUGAAUGUUUAAAUUAAACAUAGGAAAUAGAAUGACGGUUGUUUAUUGUUUAUUGAUAUUGUUUACAAUGUUUUAUUUUACACUUGUGCUAAAUAUUGAUCAUGCUGGCAUGUCUAUUAUUUUCUAAAUGCACCUGGUAAAUAUUUCUUGGUUUUGGAAAAUUUAUCUGGUCACAUUAAACUCAUGCAUUUCUUUUGAAAUGAAUAUUUCUUUUUCGAUUAAAAAAU